AUGUGGAUUUACAAGGCGCUGCUGUGUGUCACUCUUGUAGUUUACUCAGCGAGCAAGCGGAACUUUCUUCAGGACUACCAGAAGACUGACGGAGCUCGCCUGGUCAGGUCGAACAGUGCCCACCUGACCAAGAGCAGGGCUCUGAGUGAUGAGGCCAGGUGCGCCCGGAGGUGUAGCAGGGGCAAGAGAAUGCCCUUUACCUGCAGGGCGUUCUACUUUGACCAGAAAAACAGGAAAUGCCACUGGCUGUCCUUCGACAGCCACACGCCCGGCGUUCAGACGGAGCACGAUUUCAACUUUGACCUCUACGAGAAGAAAGACUACGUGAAGCAGUGCAUCACGGGCACUGGGCAGAGCUACAAGGGGACGCAGUCCGUCACGAAAUCCGGCGUGAGGUGCCAAACCUGGGCGUCCACCAUGCCCCACGAGCACAAGUACCUGCACGUCAGGGACCGGAAGAAGGACCUGGUGGAGAACUACUGCCGUAACCCGGACAACGAGACCACGGGACCCUGGUGUUUCACCGUGGACCCCGACCUCCGCCACGAGACCUGUGCCGUGCCCCAGUGCUCUGACGUGGUAUGCAUGAAAUGCAACGGGGAGGACUACAGGGGGCCCAUGGACCGCACCGAGAGCGGGAAGGAGUGCCAGCGAUGGGACCUGAUGGAGCCGCACAGGCACCCCUUCCACCCUAAAAGGUACCCCGACAAGGGCCUGAAGGAUAACUUCUGCCGGAACCCCGACAACAGACUGAGGCCCUGGUGCUUCACGACGGACCCCAAAACGCCGUGGGAGUACUGCGUCAUCAAAGCCUGCGACUCGGACCCCGAGACAGCCGUGCCCUCCGCGGCGAAGUGCUUCCUGGGUCAGGGGGAGGGGUACCGUGGCACGGUGGGGGUCACCCCCAGUGGAGUGACAUGUCAACGCUGGGACUCCCAAAGUCCCCACAACCACACCUACAGCCCCCAGAACUACAAGUGCAAGGACCUGCGGGAGAACUACUGCCGGAAUCCCGACGGGGCGGAGCUGCCCUGGUGCUUCACCUCUGACCCCGGCGUGCGCAUGGCCUUCUGCACCAACAUCCCCCGCUGCGAGGCCGAGAACCGCGAUGAAGAAGAGUGUUACGAAGGCACUGGGGAGACGUACCGGGGCCAGCUCUCCAAAACCAGGUCGGGCAUUCCAUGUGGACCCUGGGAGGAGCACAGCAAAAGGUACGACGAUCCGCUUUUCCCAGAGGCCGCAGGCCUGGAGAUGAACUACUGCAGGAAUCCAGAUAAGGACAAACACGGGCCCUGGUGCUACACCAACAGCUCGUCCAUCCCCUGGGACUACUGUAUGAUAAAGCCAUGCAAGCUGUCCUCAAACACAGCUCCUCCAAAAAGCGAGGCGUUGAAGGCCCCCUGCUUCUUCCACAAAACCACGCGGAUCGUGGGAGGCGCUCACGUCUGGGGCAGAGAGGGAAGCUGGACCGUCAGCAUUCAGAAGGGCAAUAUGCACUGGUGUGGCGGAGCGCUUAUCCGUGAGAAAUGGGUUCUGACGACGCGACAGUGCUUCUCCUCCUGCGUUCCUGAUCUGUCGGAGUACCGCGUGUGGGCGGGGUUCCUCCACCUCAACGACUCGGCCUGGGACUCGUCCAGCGGGCAGGAGCUGCACAUCGCCCACCUGAUCUGUGGCCCCGAGGGCUCCGACCUGGCCCUGCUCAAGCUCUCCCAACCCGCCAUGCUGGGGGAACGUGCGGGCACCAUCCUGCAGCCGGUGUCCGGGUGUGGCAUGAAGGAGGGGGUCGUCUGCAACAUGUACGGCUGGGGAGAGACGCAAGGGACGGGGCGAGAGGGGGUGCUGAAGGCGGUGCAGCUGCCCAUCGUCAGCAACGAGCGCUGCAUGGAGUUCCACCGCAGGAACCUCCGCCUCACCGACACGCGAAUCUGCGCCGGCGGCCGGAGGAGCGAGGGCGUGUGUGACAAGGACUACGGCGGGCCCCUGGUGUGCCAGGAGGGGGAGAGUAAAGUCAUCGUGGGCGUGAGCGUCCACGGGCGGGGCUGCGCCCUCGCCAACCGGCCCGGGAUCUUCGUCAACGUGCCCUUCUACACCGACUGGAUCCACAAGGUCCUGAAGUACUACUCCCACCUGGAGCAGAACCAGUAG